CAUUCUGUUAGGCUCACUGAGGAUGGGGGUUCCCGUGGGUAUUCUGGCAUGGGGACAGAUUCCACCCCGCUAUUUUAAAGGGGGUGAGUCCCUUAUUACUAUGCAGUGAAUUAUUGAAGGCAACUUCAGCAAAUAGCAGGAGAUCUGCCCAGUUAGAUUGCUAAUAGUCAACAUAGCACCUCAGGUAUUGUUCUAUCAUUGUGUUAACUCAUUCUGUGGCUCUGUUCAUACUCAGAUGGAAGGCGGAGCUAAGCUGAUUGAGAUGAUGCAAUUAACUUAAUAAACUCCCUCCAGAACUUCACAGUAAACUGAACUCCCGGUCUGAGAUGAUCCUUCUUGGCAUCCCAUGCAGCCGAUAAUUGCUGUUCUGAGGCUGGUUUCAGCUACUCACCUCCUCCAACCUCCUCACUCUGCAGUUCAGCCUCUCCUCCAAGACUCCAAUGGGGGAAGGAGGGGAGACCGCUCCUUAUGCUCAUCUUCUCUCUCUGCCACCAUAUGGUUGGGCCCCAACAAGGCCCGAGUAAUGAGAUCAUUCUCUCUCCCUGCUGUGAGCAACUAUCAAUUUUUAUCCAGGAUCAACAGAUAUCCUUCAAAUGCCAACAUUGGUCCUUCAAUGAAGCUUUCAGUACUGCUAAAUGACCUUGCAACAUUGCCCCGUUGUCACAUGUUGUAUGCAUGUUACAUUUAAAUUAAUUAGUCAAAAACUGUUGUAUCAAUGUGUAUAACUUCUGAACUGAGUUCUAAAAAGGUUGCAGAAAAUUUCAGUCUGUUACAGGAAUGUGGGUAUCACCAGCUGCUUAGCAGAUGAUGGUUCGUCGUGGGAUAAUAGGGCUGUCUCGAGUAGUAGUUGUACUUGUGUUCCUCUGCUGUGCAGCAUCUGUGUUCUACAUGUUUACCUGCACUCCAAAAGGUAACCAUCAGCAAACUGCAUUCCUCAGAGUUAUCAGCCCAAUAGGAAAAGAAGAAUCUCAGGCAAUCCUACAAAAAGGAGAAGAAUAUUAUUGGGACCAUAUCAACAGCCUGAAAAGACAAAUUGCUGAGCUGAAAGAUAAGCUUCAGGAAAAGAGUGAACCACUGAAGAACAUGCAAGGUCAAGAUACUGACAUACUGGGGGUUAGACUAGACCUAGGAAACUCUGAGAAGUCCCAAAAAACCCUACUGCAGUUCCUCCAUUCCCAGAUUGACAAAGCAGAAAUACAUACUGGCAUCAAGCUACCAACUGAAUAUGCUGCACUGCCCUUUGAGAGCUUCACUCAACAUAAAGUUUAUCAGCUGGAGACGGGACUUUUACGUCAUCCUGAGGAGAAGCCUGUGCGCAAGGACAAGAGGGAUGAAUUGGCAGAAGCUAUUGAGUCAGGGCUGGAAAUUUUAAAUAGGCCAAAGAGUAACAGCAGCAUAAAUCAUCGAAUAUACUCUAUCUCUGAUUUCAUAGAAGGCAUUCGCCGGACUGAAAGAGAUAAAGGCACCCUAUAUGAGUUGAUAUUCAAAGGAGACAAAGAAUAUGAAUUCAAGCGCAUUGUUCUGUUCAGACCAUUUGGCCCGAUCAUGAAUGUUGCAAAUGAAAACCUCAAUAUGGCCCACGCUCUUAUUAACAUCAUCGUGCCACUGACAAAAAGGGUCAGCACAUUUCAGCAAUUUAUGCAGAAUUUCAGGGAGGUGGCUAUGCAGCAAGAUGGAAGGAUUCACCUGACCGUAGUGUACUUUGGAAGUGAACAAAUGAGCAAAGUCAAAGGAAUCCUAGAAAACAUAUCCAAAUCAGCCAAUUUCAGAAAUUACACAUUUAUUCAGCUGGAUGAAGUGUUCUCCAGGGGGAAAGGUCUGGACGUGGGUGCAAGAUUUUGGAAAGGAACCAAUGUUGUACUUUUUUUCUGUGAUGUGGAUAUAUAUUUCACAGCAGAAUUCCUGAACACAUGUAGAUUAAACACACAACCAGGAAAGAAAGUAUUCUAUCCUGUUCUUUUCAGCCAGUACAACCCAAGUCUAAUAUAUGGACAUCAUGAUUCCAUUCCACCCUUAAAACAACAGCUGGUAAUAAAAAAAGAGACAGGAUUUUGGAGAGACUUUGGGUUUGGAAUGACUUGUCAAUUUCGUUCUGAUUACAUCAAUAUUGGAGGGUUUGACCUUGACAUUAAAGGAUGGGGAGGAGAAGAUGUACAACUAUAUCGUAAAUACCUUCACAGCAACCUCAUGGUUAUCAGGACACCAGUCCGGGGACUUUUCCACCUCUGGCAUGAAAAGCAUUGCUUAGAUGAGCUGACACCAGAACAAUACAAGAUGUGCAUCCAGUCUAAAGCUAUGAAUGAAGCUUCUCAUGACCAGCUAGGCCUGCUGGUCUUCCAACGGGAGAUUGAAACUCAUCACCGUAAACAAAAAGCAAAUAAUAGGAAUAUGUGAAGGUCUUUCACAAAGCAAAAAGUAAACUUGGAUUAUAGUUUAAUAACAGCUUCUAGGGAGAGAGGAAAUUCUUGGGCUUAGAUGGAUCUUCAUAAUCUUUUAGGUUUCAACUGGGAGCACAGGCCUUCUUUUGGUUUAUCUUACUUUUUUUAUCUCCAGCCCUGUGGGUUCCUAAUUGCCAGAAAAUAUUUGGAACUGUAUAGAGAGAUGAAGGGAGGAGGAUGUAUGCACUUUGUUGAAAUGUAACAUUUCGUCAGUAACACUAUUUAUAUUUGGUUUCCCAACUUUAAUUGAUAUAUGAGUAGAUUGUACAGAGUGUUGCAUUUUAACUGUUGUCAUGAAUGUGAAUGUCUGUGGAGACUAACACCAAGAAAGCUGUUCAAAUGAGACCAGGGGUGGGCUUUAAAACUUUUAGCAACCAGUUCUCUGCCUGGUUGCUGGGUGGGCUUGGCCUAGUCGGCCUCCUGCACCAUGGCAGGGGGGCGUUUUCACCCUCCCUGGGU